AAAAAUUCAUACUGAUACUUGUCGGUUACGAUGUUAUCAGUGAUUGAAAUAUAGGAGUAAGAAAACGCGUACACGGAAAGUUUUACUCUGAGUGAAUAGGGACUUAGUAAAUAAGCAGGCUAUCUAAAUAACAAUUACAUUUCAAAUUCAAUUUUUCUAGGUUUUUUUCUUGUAUCUCAAAAUAACUCAAUAUAACAGGUGAACUAUGUCACGUCCAAAAAUAUGCAUCAUUGGUGCCGGUCCAUCCGGAUUGUCGACACUGUUUCACUUCGCUAAAAUGGAGCAGAUGCCGGACAUUAUUUGUUACGAGAAACAAAGCACGUGGCUAGGUCUCUGGAACCUUUCAUGGAAAACAGGACUGGAUGAAAACGGAGAACCUGUUCAUACAAGUGUGUACAAGGAUUUGUGGUGUAAUGCACCGUGCGAAGCGCAUGAGUAUUAUGAUUAUACUGUUGAACAACACUUUGGUCAGAGAACUCCAUCUUUUCUUUCUCGUAUCGUUAUGAGGGAUUAUCUUGAAGGUCGUUUUACAAGAGGAGCACCUCGUGGACGCAACCUAAAAGAAUUUAUACAAUUUAAUACUGCUGUCCGUUAUGUGAAGUACAGGGACGAGAAAGAUGAAUUUACAGUUACAAUUAAUGAUUAUAACAGUGGACAGACACGGGAUGAAACGUUUUCACACGUUAUUGUAGCUAAUGGUAUUUUCAACACUCCAAAUCUCCCCGAGUUCCCUGGUAUGAACGAGUUCAAAGGUCGCAUACUGCAUUCGCACGACUUUCGUGAUGCUAGGCAAUUUAGGGGACAAAGAGUAUUGAUUGUUGGUGCGGGUUUAACUGGUGAAGAUCUUGUAUUGCAACUUCUCAAAUUUGGCGCGGAAAGGGUGAUUCUCGCCUACAGAACCAGACCGAAAGGAGAUACAUGCAAAAUGCCUGACGGCGUCGAAGAGAAACCAAUAGUAGAACGAUUUGAUCAUUAUGCAGCCCAUUUCAAAGAUGGGUCAUCCGCAGAAAUCGACGCCGUUAUUUUGACUACAGGCUACAGGAACUAUUUCCCAUUCCUGGAAGACAGAUUUAGGAUUUCAGAGGAAACGCAUCCAUAUCCAGAAGGAUUGUACAAUGCGUGUUUGUUUUACAAGGCAGGAAACAACCGACUGUUUUAUGUAGGAGUUCUAGAACCAUUCCAUACAAUUUUGUUCCUCGAUGUCAUGGCAUGCUGGACUUGCAAAUAUAUCAUGGGGCAAUUACCGGAUGAACCAAAAGAACAAAACGAAAUGGAUGCCGAUUGUCAUAGAUGGAUUGACCAGGUGAACGCAAUCGUAUCGGAGUUGGAUUUUCUUCGUUUUCAAACAGCUUUGAUAUCACAUCUAGCAGAGCUAACAGGCUAUAAUAACGAUGUAGCAAAAAGAGAAGCAGUCCUCCAGCAACUGUUAAAAGAUCGGAAAGGAAGUUUAGGCCUUGCUGGUUUCAAAGACAGGUGUUUUACUAGUAUCUACAGUGGAACGGUAGCACCCAAACAGACCCCAUUCAUGCAAAAUUUUGAUGAUAGCAUUGAAACGUUUCUUCAGUUCAAAUAAAGGGACUGAGGACUGAUGGAAGUCAUGCUAUAUGAUAAUUCUCAGUAUUAUAUUCGGAUUAUAUAACUCAUAUCAACUGUGUUUUGACACAAAUAUGAUAUCUUCUCUAGCUCAAUUUUAAUUGUCACGUAUAUGGUUUUCCUAGUUUUUAGCCUAAAUUUCAGUUACACCGUACUUUUCAGUUAUCAGUAUCUUCUUAGUAUUUGCUUCUUUUACGUGUGGUGAGUUUUGUCCACCGAACAACAUCUAAUGAUUUCCUGUAACAGAAAAAAGAUUGCAGAUUACCAUCUUUGAACUGCUUAGCUUCUCCAUUUACAACAAAAGCAAUACUGCUGCUUCUUGCACUCUAAUUGUACUUAAUAUUUUACUUCGGUUUUAAUGACCAACCUAUCUCUUUUGCGGUUGAUUAUAUGAGAUAUUGAAUCUUGCAAAAAAAUAUUGAAGUUUAGUGCAGUUUAGUCUUGAGCUUUCUCCAGAAAACUAAUUAAAAAAAAACUAUAUAAACAGAAUGUGUGUGCAGUCAUUUUCUUGUAAUAAACAAUAUCAUUAGUAAUACUACUACAACUAAUGGACUUGUACGAACUGUAACGAAGGCGACAGUGAACAGCGUACUUUGUAAAAAAUACGUGGGUUUUCUAAAAAGUUUGUAUGCACAAAUGAACAAGUAAGGCCACAUUAAUAAAUAUGAUACUUACAUCCUUUCUUGUUUCAUAUUUUCUUCUCUUUAAGGUAAUCGGAUAAGUCAUUGGAUUGGUCUUCCUUAAAAACUAUGUACAUUUUACCUGCUAGUCCGUUUGGUGUGUCUUUAGCUGGCUCUGUAUGACGAUUUUCUUGGUGAUCCCAAGGUCUUCAGAUGUUCUGAGCAAUUGGUGCAACAUUAGCUCUCGGAUCAGCAUCAUAAGAUUUUUUUCUGAUGGUUCGAUAUCUCAGCAGCGAUAUUUUCCUGAGUAUCUAUUAAUGGUGUUGUUGCACCCUUUGCAAAAGUCUUCUAAGUCUUCUAACUAAACUGGAUUUAAAAUAUUAUAGUUGCUGGCCCCUUCAGAUGAAAAAUGUAAUCAUAUCCUCAAGCCAAUUUAGGCAUAUGAUUAAUCUGUGCACAAGUCUCUGAGGCAAGGAGUCAGAGGAACACAAAUGAUUGUAUUUUAGAACGUGAAGCAUUUUCUAAAAGAGUACUGUCACUUGUCAAAACUGUGAAAAGUAAAAAAAUCACGAUUUUGCAGUGUUUCUUAUGAAAGAAUUGAUAAAACUUCACAGGUUUUCAAUAAACUUCUUAUUCUGUACCGAAUCGGGACUAAACAAACAAAGUGAUAAAAUACAACAGCAUUUUUAUUUUCAAUUAAUCAAGCUUUAUAAACAAUUAUAUCUCAUUAUUGCUUGAUGUUUAUGAAAACAAAAUAUUCAUCUAUAAAAUAAAUCAUCUGUAUUUUGAACAAUGAUAUCUGUUUAUUGCUUGAUUUUAUCAUGAAGGUCCAUAUUUUUUUUUCAUUUAUUGAAAAUGCAACUGAGCGCUUCUUUAAUUUCUAAUAAAAUCAAGCAAUAUUCAAUUUUUCUGUUUAUAUUUUGUUACUUAGAUAAAAAGAUCUCAAUUAAUUGAUAAUUGAAAACGUGCUUGUCAUUUCUCUUAUUGAGUUUUAAAUAAUUAUUUCAUUUUUCAUUAAAUAAAGGUGAGAGAUUUCUAAAAUGGUGAGAAUUUUCUUGAUACAAGAAUCAUAAUUUAAUUGGUCAGGACAUUACUCAACAAGAAUGAGCAAUUACAAUAUGUAUAUUAUCAAUUAAAAUAAUUUUGUGUAUAAUCUAAAAAAGCUGCAUUUCAAUCAGUGAAAUGUAUAGCACUUGAAAUAACCAAUUAUCUUUACAUAUCAAUUAAGUCUAUGAUCCUCUGGCAUAGACUACAUGUCAAGUCUACACAGGUUUUAUGGACCCUUAUCAGACUGGACCAGACAGGGCGGGGUCACUUAGAUAGGAGAUUUUCUUUGCCUUUAACUUUUUACUCUUUUCAUUCCAAACGAAUAUUGCCAGGUUUAUCUGUAGCAAAGCUGUUAUGGCCAAUGACCUAGAAUGGUUUUUCUUACCAAUAUUGCAUUUGCACUAAUUUUGAUUGAGAUACAAAAAGCCAUGUGCCCACUAGGGAUGAAAAUAUGCCCUGUGUAAUAAAUUGAAUAGUAAGACAAUUAAUCUUAUGUCCGCGAUUUUUCACAUAAGGUUCUUUGGAAUAUUACCUCUUUCGUCAUGAAAGAUAAAUUUGUCAUUUCAUUUCAGUUCAAAAGGACAGUUAAAAGUUACCCAACCUAAGUAUUACAUGGUAAAACUCGAUCUUUGAAAGAAAAAAAUCUUCGGAUUGUUUCUUUUUUUUACAAAUUCAACGUUGAAAUGCAUCGUUUGGAUUUUUCUAGGAAAUCAAAGACAAUGUCUUGGUUACAAUACAUGUUUUGAAAUUAUUUGUCAGCUGCAGCAGAACUUAUUGAUACCUUAACGUCAAUUGCAGACGUCAUUUGCUUUCCAGAAGAGGUGUGAUUUUUUAACAUUGUCACAUUUAUUUUCAACUAUAUGUAAUUCUAAGCCAUGAAAUUUAUAUACUUACAAAUACACUGUAUGAUAACUGCAA